AGUAAUCAAUGGUCUGCUCCAAAAUGGCUGUACAGAAACAGUUGUGAAGAUGUGUCGUUCUUCAUUAGAAACGAAUAUAUUGCAGUUUGCAAAUUUCUGAAGAGUCCUCCGAGGGAGCAGGAGGAUAUACGUGAAAAGGCAGGAAAGGGUUACUUUCCAUGUUUCCUGUCCAAUUCCCACAGCUUCAGACCCUUUCGGAUCGCUUUCUUCAUACUAAACAUUCCCAGGCUCCCAUAACCUCCUGGCUUCCUCGCACCGGCCAAGAGCGGUCCCAGCAUCUCCGUGUCGUGUGAAGAAGAAACACAUUUCUCCAUAGGAGGCAAUGCUCCACCUACAGGGCCUUUGAUUACCAGUCUCCAGUGUCAGCACUUUAUAUUCAGUCAGCAUUAAAGCAGUUCUUCUUUUCAGUCUCCCAAACCAGGAAAGUCUUCGGGAAGGAGGACAUUGCACUUUCUUCACGGUUUCUUUGAGAUUCUUUGUCAUUGAAAAUGGCAGCCAUGAAAACCCAGGAACAACGGACCAGCCCCUUAAAAUCACCCGUUCAAUAUGAUGGCCGCCCUAUUGCACAGGCAAAGGCUAUUCAGUUCCGUACCAUUGCACCUAAAGCUCCAACAUUGGGUUCAUCCUCUGCGGUGAUAUCCAGCCAGCCACCUUCUAACCUUCCAGAGGCUUCUACAGCCGUCAGCCCCAAAUCCAUCUUAGUGCCUGCCCAGAACUAUGCACUCAUGCAGGUUGCUGGACAGGAGGGUACUUACUCAUUGGUGGCUUUGCCUCAGACAUCACCACAAAACCAAAUCCAAAAGAGCCUAAAGUUGCCUAUUCCCAGGUAUCAGUCAGUGAGGAGCCACAAAGCUUCAGAGAAAACUAGUAUCAAGGUGCAGAACUCAGCCAAGGUGGCCAAGCUUCCACAGGCAAAGCCUGCAGUAAAAUCAAACUUGGGUGUUUCCAGUUCACCUGAGACACCCGAGUCAUCAUCUGAACAGAUUGUUGGGAUGGGCUCUGCUACUUCAUCUGAAAUCUUGCUGCCAGACAAUGCUGUCCUUGGCACAGGGUCACAGACAGAGCAAGCUGUGAAGAGAAGUGUUGAUUCUCUCAGCAACUUCAGCUACUCCACUAGAGCCUCUUCCAAUACACUUGUUGCUCCUGUCAGUAACAGCAAAACCACAAAAACCCAGACAGAAGGUGCCUCUACAGGAAGUACUAUUACUGUUCUCUCCCCCACUAUCUUCAGUAAAGCUGUCCAGAUCCUCCCCACUCCCCCGAAGGGCAAACUCCCCAUUCUGCCUUAUGCCAAGGUGAAGAAUUCCCUCUUGCCAUCUACAGGUCUUGCCAGCACCCAAUCCUCAGUGAAGGUCUCAUCAAUUCAGGCCAAAAAUAGGCAAAAAAGAUCACUGGACAUCAAAGUUAUGAAUGCAGACAGCAGAACCAGGAGUGCAAAUACCACCCAUGGCAAGAAACCCACAGGCAAGAGGCGAGGGAGGAAAAGAAAAACCAUGGAGGACAUUCUGUCCUUUGAGGCAAAGAAGAAGAGAUCUUUAUCAUUUUUUUCCAGGAGAGUACCAGAAAAGCCACCAUCUGGCACUCAGUCUUCUUCCUCACCAGAUAAGGUUGUGGACAUUUCGAAAAAGUACCGCAGCAUUCGCCCAAAGCCUAUUCUAGUAAUGGAAACCACUGUUCCUCAACUUGUACCACUAGCAUCUCUCUCAAACUCCAAGAACCUUGACCAGAAACUUGUCAUGGGGCAGGAGAUAUCAGGAAAACCACUCAGUACUGUCCAGCCUGGAGUAGUGUCCAUACCAGUUCCAGGGCAGCAAUCUAUGGCCGAAACUGAAAAUCCUGGAAGGUUUGCGUAUGUGGGUAGCCGAGCACUUCACCGAUGUACAACCUGCAGUAGGUGUUUUCAGUUCAAGCAUCAUUUACAGAGUCACAUGAACAGCCACAAUAACCUGAGACCGUAUGGGUGUCCGGUCUGUAGGAAAGCCUAUGCCCACUCAGGUAGCCUAAGCACACACAUGAAGCUUCACCAUUCAGAGGGGAAACCAAGGAAAAGCCUCCGCUGCGAGUUUUGUGAAAAGGUGUUUGGGUAUGUUGGUGUGUACUUCAGCCAUCUCCGAGAAGUGCAUAAAGUUAUCCUUACUGUGGAGCCAUCCAUUCGUCAACAUGAGGAGAAUACACCCAUAGAUGGGUGUGUAGACUCUGACGACCAGACUUCAGAGCAACGUGUGGAUCCUGUGGAGUUGCAAAUAAAAUGUGGCCGCUGCCAGGCGAUCACACCCACGUUUGCUGACAUGAAGCUGCACUUAUUGUAUGUGCAUGGCGAGGAAGUCCAAGUCCGUCUAAAAGAGGGGGCCAUGCAUGAGGGACGAGAGGCUGAGAACGAGCUGGUUAAGCACGCAGCCCACUAUUGGAGGCAACUCAACGAGAGGCGCAACUUGGUUCGCUGUGGAAGUUGCGAUGAGGAGUUUUUCUCGUUCUCAAAGCUCGAGCGUCACCUGCAUGCUCACCACCAGGGGGUUAUGCCGAGUGAAGGGGAAGAACUGGAACUAAAGAAAGAAGAUGAAGAAGAGUACAUCUCUGAGAGGUCUAUCAAACGUGUGGCCUUUAGAGCAGGGUCACGCUUUAAUUGUAUUCUGUGCAGCGAGGUGUUGAACACCAAGCAUGAAGUUCUGGAGCACUGGAGGGAGGUUCACAAGUGUGAAAACCCAGUCAUGCUGUGGGAGGUUCUGGACUCAAAGUGAGAGUACAAAUCUGCCCUCAGCCUAAAGUAGCAUCCUACAGAGUAAUAUGUAUGGAACAAGUUUCUUUCAUACUUUUGUUUUUAUUUCUGUUUUGCACUGUUUUGUUUUCGUAUUGAAUGGAAAAUUCGACUGUUUUAAUUUAAAAUGUUUUCUUUUUAUAUUAAUUGUGUAAUUCUUUUUCGAUUGUUUUUGGGUUUUGGCUUCUUUGUAACGGACACAUGGUUCUGAGAGGAUCGAUUCCAACACAGUGUUUCAAAAUUCAGUUUUGAUUUAUUAUAAAUGCACAUAUAGUGGGGUCCAAAAUUCUGGCAUCACUAGUGAAAAUGCUACCACAAAGGUUUUCAUCACAAAUAAUAUUUAUCAGCAACAACUAGAGUGAAAAGUAGAAUCUUAGAAAAAUUGUAAAAUGGUUCAUUUAAACAGUGACCUAUCGGCAUUGCGCAAUCGAAUAGUCAAGGUUGUUGCACAUUUCCUAUUUUUUGUAUGAGAAUUUUUAAAAAAAGGUUUAAAAAAUCCCCGACUUUCAGUAUGGUCUCAGACUUUUGGAUACAUCACUGUAUAUACAAUUAAUUUAAUCACUAUUAAUAUUAGAUGCAUUUGCUAGUGAGUAGAUAUUUUUUGUGAUGCAAUGGUGCUAUAAUUAAAAACUGCUUGCUGAUUGAGCUUGCCCAGAGCAUGUCUGGGAAAUACUUUAAAAACCAUGAAAGCGUCAUGAAACUCUAAACUCCAAUCUAAUGUGGAAGGUCAGUAAAGGAAUAGUGUAACCAUAAUCGCAAUGCACUGAAUAUCUAGCAUGAUUCUGAUGGGCAGCUAGUUAAAUUAUCCCUUUAGCCUUGGAAAAAAAAAGAAAAGAAUAUUCAGACUGGAAAGCAGCUCACAGUAAUAUGAUAUUUGCUUAAAUGUAUCAUAGUUUGUACAGUAAUGAUGGUGCUGGCAUGUUGUUAAUUUACCACUUCACAGACCUCUUUAUGUUUAUAUAGACCGCCUUCCUCACCCUCGUCCAGACUCUCAGCUUUGCUCCAGUGCUGCCAGAUCUGCUGAGGACUUGGUCAGUGCUAUAUUCUUAGAGCUGCUUAUCUCAGUUAAGGAAAGUAUAUUCUAAAAAUCCUAUUUUAUAUACAAUUUCUAUUCUAAAGCAAGAGUUCUCUAUGUAUGUGCGCAAGUGUCAAGCAUUGUUUUUUAAACUGUAGAUAUAUUUAAAUAUUAUUUUCUGUUUAGAGUACCACAGGGUAACUGAAUGUACCUUAAUGUUUCAAAACCCUACCAAAUGUUAUAUACAUGUGCAGAAAUAGAUUAUCUCUCUCUCUCUCUCUCUCUCUCUAUAUAUAUAUAUAUAGAUAUAUAUAUAGAUAUAUACAUGGAUAUAUUGAAGAUAGCUUAUAUAUUUGCAGAAAUUAUAUAGUUAUGCUGCUGUUGUAUCUUGACUAGAGAAAAUACUUCUAACAUUUAAAACCUUCAUGCCACGUCUUUUAUUCAGUAUACUUGCAGCUCUUGCCAUGUACUGUAACUGUAUGCCUUCUUGCUUCUUAUGAAACUUGUGGGUACGUUCUCUAGACACAGAUCAAGUCAAGCCCUAGAUUUGAUAUACAUUACAGUGUAGAAGGCAGUUGACAUUGUGGUGCUGUGGAUGUUGUAUGCUUAGAAAAUGUCAGGACGUGUUCAUAGAGACAGGACGCUGCUCAGAUUUCUCACCAGCAUUCUCAUUUUUGAAGACUACAAUGCAUGAAAGCAUUCGAGAACUGCCUCUUUGUUAUCGGAUUGUUAGUAUGACAAUCUGGAGUUUAUAUUUAGGUAAUGUUUUUGAGCUGAAGUGAAUGACCUCGGCCUGAGGUUCGAGUGAUUACAUUGUGAACUGUGAUGAUGGUUCAUUCCCAGAAGAGCUACAGAUUAGAUGUGUUGUUGAUGUAAGCUGAAUUUUAAAAAAACAAUCUUGUUUGAUAUUUAUAGGUGAUAAGAACGUGGUCCCUUCUAGUCCCCUGCGAUAAUUACACAAGUCUAUUUUAUGUGGCUUUAGCCUAACACGUGUGUAUGUGUGUGUCCUAAACCAGUGACAAUAAAACCACAUAAUUGAUUUGUGCCUAAAUAAACAAAACGUGAUGAAAUUUGGAGCAAGGUUUAUUCAUUUUUUUUCCUCUUUUGUAUUAGAUCAGAAGGACUGAGCAAAAAGCUAGAAAGCUAGGAUAACUGUUUCACAAAUCGUGACUUCUUUUCAUGCUUUGGCCUGAAUUUAGUCUCUGAAGUAUUCUUGCUUUUCACGUUGUUGCCAUGACUCAAGGUUUAGACAUUUUAUGGUGGUUAUACACCAUUUUUCAUAUCAGGCUGUCAAUGGGGGGAAAAAAAACAGCACCAUUAAUAAAUACAUGUGAAUGAAUGGUCCGAGGAAAAUCACUAUUUAAAUGCACUGAAAUUGCUGUAAAGUGAACGGGAGAUCCAUUACUAAUGCUAAGAACCUGCUUUGAUGAUUUGUUUUCUAUAAUAAUAAUAAUCUUUGCGCUGUACAAUCCGAUGGUUGAUCUGCAGAAAUAAAAAAUUGAUGUUGAACAGUGCAGGGUCAGCCCUGCUACACUCAACCCAAUGACCCUAAUGGCCCAAACUACUGUGGUUAUUGUUUAAGC